GCCUGCGUUUUGCUUGUGUUUCGGACUCUUUACCUUUGUUAUAAUGUCUGCUAGAUAGUCUAUGUAUCAUUUACAGAAUGGAUUGGGUCAAAUCCCUGAAAGAAUACAAUGCUGCCAAAGGAAAAAAGCAAGGUGAGAGUGAGGUGAGAGGGGCGGAGAUGGCAACCUUCACUAAGCUCUAUAGUGAUAUGAAGGGACCCAACAAACAGAAAGACAAAAGUUAUGCUGUCAUUCCAAGAUUCUAUUAUAAACUUCCUAGUGAGGAUGAAGUAUUGCUGCAGAAACUAAGAGAGGAAUCAAGGGCUGUGUUUCUACAACGGAGAAGUCGGGAGUUGCUGGAUAAUGAAGAACUACAAAAUCUAUGGUUUCUGCUUGACAAACAUCACACUCCACCGAUGGUUGGUGAGGACCAAAUGAUCAACUAUGAAGAUUUCCUCAAGGUUGCAACGGAGGCUGGUCCUAAAUGCAAGCCAUUUUUUACUGCGACAAUCUUUGCCAAAUUGCUACAGACCGACCCCUACGGACGCAUCUCCAUCAUGCAGUUCUUUAAUUAUGUCAUGAGAAAAGUCUGGCUACACCAGACUAGGAUUGGACUCAGUCUGUAUGAUGUUGCUGGGCAGGGCUAUCUCAAGGAGUCGGAUCUAGAGAACUACAUUCUGGAGUUAAUCCCAACCUUGCCGCAGCUAGAUGGCCUGGAGAAAUCGUUCUAUUCCUUCUAUGUCUGCACAGCGGUCAGAAAAUUCUUCUUUUUCUUGGAUCCGAUGAGAACUGGUAAGAUUCGUAUUCAAGACAUUCUUGCCUGCAGUUUCCUGGAUGACCUUCUGGAGUUAAGAGAUGAAGAUUUACCCAAAGAUGCUCAGGAAUCCAACUGGUUCUCAGCUCCAUCAGCACUCAGGGUCUAUGGUCAGUAUCUGAACCUGGACAAGGAUCAUAACGGUAUGCUGAGCAAACAGGAGCUAUCUAGGUAUGGUACAGGGACACUCACCAGCGUCUUCUUAGAUCGAGUCUUCCAAGAGUGUCUAACCUACGAUGGAGAAAUGGAUUACAAGACAUAUCUUGACUUCGUUCUUGCCAUGGAAAAUCGGAAAGAGCAGCAAGCCUUGCAGUAUUUCUUCCGGCUGUUAGACGUACAGGGCAAAUCUUACCUCAACGUCUUCGCUCUGAACUACUUCUUCCGAGCUAUCCAGCAGCAGAUGAUACAGCAUGGCCAAGAGCCAAUCUCAUUUGCCGAUGUGAAGGAUGAAAUCUUUGAUAUGGUCAAACCAGCUGAUCCUCUCAAAAUAACACUUCAAGAUCUUAUCAACAGCAACCAUGGUGAGACCGUUGUGAGUAUUCUGAUUGAUCUGAAUGGGUUCUGGACGUAUGAGAAUCGUGAAGUUCUAAUGGCGGAGAAUAAUAACAGUAAUCAAUCUGAGAGCGGUAGUCAUCAGGACCAAGAUAUAUGAGCCAAAAAGGUCACACAAUAGGAUCCUAGCUUUUACAUGUAAGUGGUGUUAACCUUGUAAGCUGCAACAAAUAGUUUUUGUUAUACCUCGGUAACAAACUGAAGUUUGACCGGUUGAGAACCAAUCCUGUGACAUGCAACAAAAACGCAUGUACCAAGGCUGCACAGCGCAGCGGGUAACAUGAGUGAUGCGAAACAACCGUGGUUACGAGGGAACAGUGAAGAAUGUUUUUUUAUUUGAACAACUGUUCGUCUGUUAUUAAUCUAUGCAUACUCGUCGUAAAUAAUGUUUGAAAGUGACAAGUUGACAACAGAACUUUGGAAGAGGACAAUAAUGUUACAAGGGUAUUACAAACAGUUGUUGCACGCUGUGAUUGGGGUCCAUGGGUUUUGUACACCCUAGGGGGAAAAUGGCACUCUUGGCUUCGCUUUGGGUUCCAUUUCCCCCUUCGGAUCAACUCUAGCAGAGCUUUCUCGAAGGCUAAACGACAACACAACACAAAUGACACUGCUCUAGAAUUGCAAGGGUCGUGGGUUCGAAUCCCACCUGAGUAAUAUGCCUGUGAUUUUUUCACAGAACUCGGGGGAAGGUUCAGAAUAUGCAUUUUCAAUUUGUUAACAGAAUUUUAUAAGCAGUCAGACCACUGUACAUUCUGCAACUACUUUGUUAUGGGAUCAAAGUUCAUAGACCUUCUAAGCCUUCAACAUUUUUGAGCACAGAAGUGUUGCGCAGAGUAUGUUAUACAUGUAGUUGCCAAGGUGUACACAUAUUUUGCAUAAAUGGUUACUUCUUGACAAAUUUUAGUGUUUUAUGUGUACUGUUUGAACCAAGACCAGUUUUAAAUUUCUCCAGAGUGGGGUUAUAAAGUGUCAUCUUUUUUAUCUUAUCUAUCUCAAAAAGCCCCUCCUCAGCAAACCAUUACUAGUAUUGAUCAACAUUUCCUUAAAACAGAAAAAGCGUGCAUUGGAUAUUAAUUAGGCCCCCCCCCCCAGUUUGUUUGCUUGUGAAAAUGUUGAACCACACGUACAGACAUGACCAGUUCUAGGAUUUUCUCUUGGGGUGUAAAUAUACACCAUUUUUCUUCAAUAAAUCCAAAAGAAAUUGCACGGUUGUCCUUAUUUUUUGUGAACACGGCACGCUAAUUUGUGAAGUCAAAUUUUUGACUCCACAAAAUGGACAACCGUGUUGGUUUGCAAAGUAAACAUUGGUAAACGGAAAACCAUGCAAUUUCAAGGCACAUUUAUGUGGAUCAUUAUAUUCUACUUUUAAAGACACUGUACACUAUU